AGGUUGCGAACGUUUUGUUUACCACGACUUGUAGAAGACAUAUUUGGAUUUUACCGAUAUUCAUGUUUACAUCCAUGUACGGUGUACGGUUGUGGUGAUGCUCAGACCUUGAAACAUUGCUAAAAUAUUGUAUUUCGAAGUUAAUCAAUCAAAAAAGUCGGCGGGCCGCGAGUGGCACUCAGCACGCGCAAGUGACGCAAAUACGCAACACCAAGAAGCCGCAGGGCCGCGCAUUGCGUUGUGUGUGUGUUUCUAUACUGUUUUUAGUAUCAGGUUUUUGAUGAGGUGAAAAGAAGUGCUUGUACCGCAAAACGAAGAUAUGUUCUUCGUACAUUAGCACGGUGUGACUGCUCGUGUUUACAUUGAAUGAAUUAUAAGCAGCUUGGAUUCGUUCGGUAAUAUAUUCACAACAUGGUUAAGCUGCAAAGGAAAUUUAUUGCUGGCGACAAAGUGUUUGCGAAAGUUCGAGGUUACCCACCAUGGCCAGCCAAAGUCGAAAGUGUCACUGAUGCCAAUACAAAGAAUGCAAAGUACAAUGUUUACUUUUAUGGAACAGGUGAAACAGCUGUGUGCAAAGUUGAGGAAUUGUUCGCCUAUGCGGACAACAAGGCCAAAUUUGGCAAGCCUCUGAAACGGAAGUUCUUUCACGAGGGUUUGCAGGAACUUGAAGAUGAACUUGAAAGUGAUGGAAAUACUCACAUCGAUAAAGGCCCUGAACCUAAAGACAAGCAGACAACCGACUCAUUAGAAGAUGGUAAUUCUACAGAACAGUUGUUAACAGUGAGUGCAUCUGAUAAUGCACCGGAUAGUGAUGCAGAGGGUGGUGCCUUAGUAAUCGAUGAGGGUGAAAAAAAAAAGACUGUUAAACGGAAAGCAUCGUCAACCCCAGCUGCGUCUAACACAAAUUCAUCUACACCUUCCAGUAAUCAAGCCACGCCAGAAGUGAAAAAAAAACGUGGUGGACGUACCAAGGCUACGUCUCUUAUUGCUGGGGAAACACCUAAUAAGCAUGAAAGCUUGCUUGUCGGUCAAGAUGACGAUAUGCCUAGCAAAGAAGUUGUCAGUCGCAGUGGUAGGAAAAUUAAGCCCAAACGUUUUGCCGAUUUCUCCAGUUCCGACAAGGAUACUGAAAAAUAUGAUAAUUCCGCAAGUCCUAGAGUAUUGGGAAAAGGUAAACUUGAGGAUACUAGUGUCAAAGAAGUAUCUCCACCUAGAGACUCUAAUAAAGCUAAUAAAAUCAGUGCAGCAGAAAAGAAAAUUGAUGAAACGAAUGAAAUGGAAACUGAUGGCGAGUCCUUUUCCACAACCAAGUCUGCAGAUACACAGGGUCGCUUUUUGUUGGCUCGCACUUUUGCCGGGGAAUAUGUUGGCAUUAAACUAGAUGUGGACAGGCCCAAAUCCUUUGAAAAUGAAAAUGCACGAACACAAUGGGAUUGGGAGACUGCGACAAGUGCAAUGAAAUUAAAAGCACAACUGGAGAGCGGUGCAAUUUUACCAGAGCAAGUAAAGAACUCCUUGGAUUUUAAUGUACAUGCUUCUGGUGAUGAUACAAAAACGUCCAAAGACAACGUUUUACAUCACAAAAAAUACAAACUAAGGUGGCUGCGCAUAGAGUCACAGCUAUUGCAAUUGGAUGCACAAAUCAAGUCAAACCUUGCCUUGGACAAAGCAGAUGCUGACAAAUGUUUACACGCUAUGGAUGACAUGCUUGCACUCCCAAUUGAUCCCCUUAUGCUUAAAAAACACCCGCAUAUUGUUGAGACUGUCAGAAGGUUGCGGAGAUAUAUUGGAAACCUAGCUGAGUGGAAAUUGACCGAGGAAGAAGCAGCUGUUUUCAAACAAAAAGCGGAACAGAUUAAGCAAAAGGCUGAACAUAUAUAUAACAAAUUUAAGGCUAUGUUUACCAUAUCAGGAGGGCAAACGUUUUGGCAAUCAUUUUCUGAUCAGGUCAUUCAUUUCAAAGAAUUGACAAAAGAUAUGCCUGAGGAAACAAUGUUUUCCCUCAUGGCUGACCCCUCACAUCCUGUUACAGAAAGAGCCUUUCCUCUAGACUCUUUACGAGAUGGUGCCAGUGAUCAAACAGAAAGUAUAAAUGAAACUGGUCUAGGUGAGGAAGCAGGAGGUUCAGAACCUUAGACAAGUCUUAUCUCUGUGGAGUAUGAAACCAAAUCACAUCAGAUACGGUAUGCACAGACUUCAUGUUGCUUAUCAUAUUUUUACCCAUCAGAGGCGAAGAAACAUUUCAAACAACCAAAUUUUGUUGCACUUUUAUGAUUUUUUUUUUUACCGUUGAAGCACAUCAUGUAAAAAUGUGUAUUAGUAAAAAUUGAAGCACGAAAUUCGUUAUUUCAUUUACUACAGCAUUAUAUGUUUUUACUAAUAUGAUUUUGUGCUUUUGCAUUGUUGCUUUAGCAGGUCAUUCAAGUAUUACACAAUGUUAAAUACGAUAUUCCUCGGCUUUGUAACAGGUUUAUGAGAAGCAACAUGUGAUUUAAGUAAAGUUGACUGGUUGUGCUACGCAUGGAUGAACCAGGAAGACAAUGCCUUUCAUUAUAAUAUCGUUAGAUUAUUCUAUUAAAAUUUCUCUUUUCUCAAUUCAUCUCUUUCCUUUCCCUGAUAUAUUGAAGAUUCUUUAUUAAAGUUCGUACAACUUUGGACGCUGCCAAAGAAAAUACUUUUUUGUAACGCAUACAUGUAUACACAGUUGUCAUUUCUCAGUUCUCAACAACAAUAUCUAUUGUCAACUCUUUUAAUUCAAUUUGUUACACAAUUAUUAGGAAUUAAAGUAAAUAAGAUUGUAAGUUUGUAAAUAUAAAAUUACGUGCUUGACUGUGAGUAGUGGUCACGUACGUUUGUAUUCUAUGAACAGUUGACAUGCGAUAAACUUAAUCGAACUAUGCAAACAGAGUAUUUUUAUGGCAUAUGUAAUUCGUUUAUUGCACUAGUUGAUUCUCGUGUUCAGAAAUCAAAACCUUACUUAAUUUAACCCUUUAAGCCAGCGGUUUCUUAUUCUAAAAGCACUGUUAGUAUUUAUCCUUUGCGUUUUGCCAUUCACACCUCAAUACAUGAAAUACUUCACAGGUUCAGUUAUCUGAUGUAUUAUUGAAUCGACUUAUAAAUACACUUCUAUCUAAAUAAUAAUAGCAACCAAGUAUAAAAAAUUUGCAGAAAUUAAUUAGGUUUUUUGUAACAACAAACGUUCUCUAGAUAUGUAUGGUAUUGAUAUCGAAUUUUUUUAUCAUUCUGGGCUGUUAAUCAUGUUCUCUUACGCUUGUGUGUCAUAAGUGUGUUAUUUCAUGACGCGUAGAUUCCAAGUUCACAAGUUUGAUGCAAACAUAAAUUCAUGGUCAUUUUGUGAAAGUUACAUUUUUAAUUUGCAUUAUUUUUGUCAAGCAGCUAGAAGUUAGAUUACUAACUUCAAACAAUGCAGUACAUAUCUCAUGAUCAUGUUUCCUAAUUAAUUACAUUUUCCUUCAUUAUUAGCAGAAUUGAAUGCGUUUUUUUUUGGUAAAGAUGCCAUACUUACUGUAUCUCCUCAUUGAAUAUUCCUUAUUGACAAGAUACAUUAGUUUGUAAAGAAAUACAAGGAAAAAAGAGUCGAUAGAAACAUGGUAUAACGGUUUCUACAAUUGUUCUUAAUGAACUGCAUAGCCCGAAUAAUUACAUACCAGGCAACGGUACUUUGACCAAACGAAAAAAAAUGUCCCAAAUCUGACUGUUGUCCCGCAAACUUCACGAUUUACUAUUUAUCUGUCAGAGUUUUCGUUGAAGUGUUAUGACAUUACUCGAAUGGCUAUUGACACUAACAUGUGUAUCUUUAAAAUAAGCACAACAAUAACGAAAUAUGAGGAUGCACUUAUUGCCACCUAGUUUUUGACAAAGAUUUAAAAAAAAAAUUGUAUCAUCAAAGGAUAUAUCUAACAAGCCUUUAGAGCACAUUGACAAUAUGUAUACAUUAUUACAUCGCUCUUUAUUCAUCCCUGUGAGAAUGUUCUUCAUUUAAUAACGUUACAAUUUAGUUAGUUAUAUCUUUGAGUAUGGUAGACAUAGUUUAACGUUUGCAGUAAUGUAAGGGAAAAAAAUUGAUAAUUUUACAGCGAAGGUUGAAGUAAGGAGACCAUUUCAAAUAUCUCAUUUUGAAGUGCUUAUUUCAAUUGUAAUCAUAUUUUGAAUAAAAAAUGUUUAAAAUAA